AUGGCAGAGGUCAGGCAAGAGCCACCAGCGCCACGACCCGUCAGGUUCUGCCGCAUCUGCGUGGAUUUCCUCCAAAGGCCCGUUGCCGUGCAGCCCUGCGGGCACGUGUUCUGCCACGCCUGCAUCCAGCCCCAGGCUGCCCCCGACGCCAAUGCCACCUGCCCGGUCUGCCAAGGGCCCAUCGAGUCCAUCCGCCUGCUGCAGGGGCAGGAAAACCGGGCCGGGCUGGCCCCGCGUCGGCGCCGCCGCCUCCAUCCCUUUGUGGAGGAGGCCCCCGCCUCUGCCCCCAGCAGCCGCCCGGCCCGGCAGGGGAUGGAGCCCGGCAGGUCGGUGCCGGCGGAGCUGAAGCUCCGCAAGCCCUCGCAGCGGGCCAGGAUCCCGGCGCCCUUCCUCGCCCACCCGGACGGGGUGCCUGGGACGGCCAGGACCCCCGGGCCGGACCCCGCGGAGGCAGACGCGGAAUCCCUGGUACCCACACACGAUGAGCGGGGCCGGCUCAUCCCCGAGUGGAAGCGGCAAGUGAUGGUGCGGCGGCUGCGGGCCAGACUGGGGGACGAGGACCCAGCGGGAGAGCAGGUACGAGGGGCACGGGAAGCAGAGGGGGAUGCAGCCUCCUGGAGCUUCUCGCCCUCCCACCAAGCCGUGCUGGGCCCGUUCGGGGAGCUGCUGACCGAGGCGGAUCUGCAUCAGUUGGAGAGGGCAGUGGAGAGCCUGCGGCUGCGGCGGCGUGGCGAGGUGUACCAGAGCGAGCUGCGCCGCCUGGUGCGGGAGCUACGCGCCCUCUUGCCCGCCCCGCUGCUCAACAUCUCCGUCCGCAGCCCCCCGCCUGCUCCGGGGCUGCCGCUGCCCCUCUGGUGCGGCCGCCUGGCCGGCGCCGUCAAUAGCCUGGCCGCGCUGCUGGGCAACGCCGAGGGGCUGCGGGCUCCCUCCGCUGCCGUCGCCGCGCCCGCCGCUACCCCGGCUCUCCCCGCCGCCGCCGGACAUCCCCGGGAGCCGGGGGGCAGCCUGGCGCAGAGGGAGAUCCGGCAGUGUGGGGUCUGCGUCCGCAGCCUGCGCGGCGCCUUCGAGCCCGCCUGGGGGGCGGCGGGGAGCGCCCCGGCCGGGGGCGGCGAGGCGGAGGCCGCCAGCGACUCGGGCAUCAGCUGCGAGGAGGCGUUUUCCGACGGCGGCGGCGGCUUCCCGCCGCAGGGGAAGGGGCUGGGGCCGGAGUGGGGCAGCUUGAGGAAGGAGCGGAUCGUGAUGCUCUUCCUGAGCCACUGGAAACGCUCCGCUUACGCGCCCCUACGGCCCGCCGGCGGGGAGCCUCGGGAGACGGCGGGGAGCGGGGCCCGGGCGGCCGCACGCCUGGCGCGGCAGAGAGCGGCCAUCCAGCGGCUCCUGAACGGCUGGCGAGAUGCCGCCUCCCGCCGCCCCCCGCCGCCGCCCCCCGCCCGCACCCUGCUCUCCCCGGAGCAGUUCGUGUCGGCGGCGGGGGGCGGCCCGGCCGCGUACGAGAGCCUGUCGCUGGAGCUCUUCAUGCUGGGCUAUUUCCGCAUCUUGGAGCAGGACCUGUCCCCCGAGGAGCGCCGAGGCCGCCACCUGCUCUGUUUCGAGGUGUUUGAGCAGCUGGGCCGGCACGGCUGGCGGGCGGUGCGGGCCUUCCACCGCGCCGUCAUCGACGAGAUCGCGGCCGGGCGGCGCGGCUGGCGCGACGGCUUCGAGGACAUCAAGGCACGGUACUUCGGGAGAUCGCACAGCCCGGCCCAGCGGCCGGGACAGCCCGGGGAGGAGGGGGACGAGAUUUGUCGCUACAUCGAUCGCAGCUUCGCCUUUUGGAAGGAGAAGGAGGCCGAGAUCUUCAGCCUGGAGGAGUGAUGCCGAGGGGCUUCGGAGGCCGCGGGCUGCAAUAAAAACCUUCUCGGUUCUGUCCCAGCUGAGCGAGGCUUUCCGGGACGGUGAAGAAAGCUGCUAAGAUGGGCCGGCCGCCUCAGCUCCCCGGCUCCCCCUUUCCCAGGGCGAGCGUUUCAAUCCUCGGCUGCCGCCGCGUGUUUACGGCUGCGGCGGAGUGAGAUAAGGACCUUAUUUAUAGCGGCUCCGACACUGAGAGCCGGACGAGUGAGGAGGGCAUCGUGGGGACCCCCUGCUGCCGAUGGGGUGGAGGGAGGGUCCUGUGCGAGUUGUCCUUCCAGGCUCGC